AUGCCCGCCUACGGUGCCCUCGGGGCAACAUUCCUCAUCGCCCGCAUCAUCCAGAUGUGCUCGCUCAUCGCAAUAAUCGGUCUAACAGCGAACUUCAUCGCCGAGAUCGUGCGCUACGACGCGAAACCACCGGGGAUCUUCAUCGGCACAAUCACCGUGACCUCCAUCUCAACAAUCUACACAAUCAUCACAACAAUCCUCUUCAUCGACGACAUCCUCCCCUUCCUGGCCUCCGGCAUCCUGGACUCUCUCUUCCUGAUCGCCGUGAUCGUCGUCGCCGUGGUCAUCGGCAAACCCCUCUCGUACCUCGAAUGCGGUGAUAUAGGGGAUAUCCUGUCCGGCGGCUCGGACGACGGUUCCUCCGCAUAUACCUUCGCGACGCACCUAAGCUCAUACCUGGGUAACCUUAGUGGCUCAGUCGAUUACCGCAGCUGGGUGGGCGCGAGUAAGGGCGUUUGCGUCGAGGCGAAGAGUAUCUGGGGGUUGAGCAUUGCUAUGUGUAUUAUGUUCUUUUUUACGGCGGUCUGCUGCGCUUGUCUUUGGAGGCAGAGGAAGGCUGGUGCUGCGGCGGCUGGGAAGGAGGUUGAGUAG